AUGAUCCAGCAGUGCUGCGCUGCAGCCAAGAUCCACAUCGGAACGCCAUCCGGCCGCGUCGACAAAGUUCACGGCCUAGACUGCUACAUUGCAACACCGCCUACCCGCACCGAGCCGGAGGGCGUCAUCAUCAUCCUUCCCCACGUCUUCGGCUGGGAGCUAGUCGACACUCGCAUCCUCGAAGAUGCUUUUGCUACAAAGGGGAGCUGCCUCGUCUACCUUCUGGAGCUGCAAGAUGCUCCCUCGCCAACCUUCGAAACCUCAGGCCUCUCAACCAACCGCCAUCCACUUCCGCACCUACCACCUCGCCCGCACGCGCACCAAUACCGAUACGACGCACUCCGCAUGACGUUGAGGUUGAGGCGGAAGGGAAGAGGAAGUGGAAGGUGGCGGUACGUGUCGUUUGGUGGACGAGCCGUCGAAGAUGCGGCGUGCCGGAGGAAGGAUGUGGGAGGUGGGGAGGCUGUCGAUGAGCGUGGCGGCGGAGCGGAGAGAGACGCUGAGGGUUCUGUGCUAGCGGGUGGAUGCGGGAUGCGGCGAUGGGGGACUCUGUUCUGGGAGGAAAGAAAGAAGGAAAGAAAGGUUCGGGACGAGGGGGGCGAAGCUGCAUGA